CACCCGGUGGCGCAGGGCAGCCAAGUGAUUGGCGCAAUAGGACAGUCAGCUGUUGAGUUUCAUUCAUUUUUUUUUUAAUGUCAACAAACUUUAUGAGUAUCAUCCACUCUAUAAUCUCAUCGGUCGGCCGGAAGAAGGAAAAGACCAUAGAAUAGAAUAAAAAUGUGCUAAGUGCGGUGGCAGAGAAGCCGUGACUAAACGAUCCCGGAAACAGGAUGGAGGACGACGCGCCUGUCAUCUACGGGCUGGAAUUUCAGGCGCGAGCCCUGACUGCACAGACGGCAGAAACUGAUGCCAUUCGAUUUCUAGUAGGAACACAGUCUCUUAGAUAUGAUAAUCAGAUUCAUGUUAUAGACUUUGAUGAUGAGAACAAUAUUAUCAAUAAGAAUGUUUUACUUCACCAUGCGGGAGAGAUCUGGCAGAUUAGCGCAAGUCCAGCAGACAGAAAUGUGCUUGCAACAUGCUACAAUAAAAUUUCAGACAGCAAAGUCAUGACAUGUGCCGCGGUGUGGAGGAUGCCCAAGGAACUGCAGGGAGGCAAUCACGAAUCCCCCGAUGAUACAUCAAGCAACGCCCAGGCCCUGGAGCUUCUUUGUCACCUUGACAACACUGCCCAUGGCAAUAUGGCUUGUGUUGCUUGGGAGCCCCUGGGUGAUGGAAAAAAAUUGCUUUCCCUGGCUGACAAUUAUCUUAUGAUCUGGGAUUUACAAGAAAGUUCUACAAAGUCCACGCUCUCAAGUUCUGUGACACUAGAAGGCAAAGGGCAGAUGAGAUUUACCUCUGGCAAAUGGAGUCCUCAUCACAACUGUACCCAAGUUGCAACUGCUAAUGAUACCGCUAUUCGAGGCUGGGACAUCAGGAGUAUGAGACAGAUAUACUGCAUUGAAAAUGCUCACGGACAGUUGGUUCGAGACUUGGACUUCAACCCCAAUAAACAGUACUAUCUGGCCAGUUGUGGAGAUGAUUGCAAAGUGAAGUUUUGGGAUACCAGAAAUAUUCAUGAACCAGUAAAAACAUUAGAGGAGCAUUCUCACUGGGUUUGGAGUGUCCGAUACAACCAUUCCCAUGACCAGCUGGUUCUGACGGGAAGCAGUGACAGCAGGGUUAUCCUAUCCAACAUGGUGUCCAUUUCUUCCGAACCAUUCGGUCACCUUGUUGAUGAUGAAGAUCUGAGUGAUCAGGAGGACAACCUGCAGGAAGAAAAGUAUAAUUCACUAUUAGAUAUUUACAUCCGUGUAGUGAAUUAUUCAGCCAGCGAGGGUUAUUUCUUGCCCUUAUGAAACCAUUCACACUGUAGGACAAGUAGUACAAAGAUAAUGCUCUAUUUGAAAUGAUGUUACAUUAUUUAUUCCUGUUCUGUUUUAACACAUGUGUUUUCCCCUCCCUGUUUCCCCCGUUUAAUGAUUCGUAACCAUAACUUAGGGGUUAUUUAUUAAAGUCCGAAUGCCAAAAACUGCCAAAGUUUUUUUUUACUAUAAAAUCAGAAUUUUUUGUGAAAAAUGUAUUAAACUCCGAGGAUGUAAAAAGUCAGAACCCGAAAAUCUGGCAUCUCUGACCUGACGAAGUUGUAUAUAAGUUAAUGGGAGAAGUCCCAAAGAUAUCAUUUCGCGCAAAAAUCCGAAGAUUUUGUGGCUUUCGGGGGGAAAUCCAAAAAACUUGUACGACUAAAAUUUUCGUAUACGAUUCUCACAAUUUUAUCGGGUUUUUUCCAGCACUGGAAUUUUUCGGGUAAAUUUAUUAAUAAAUCAGGGGAAAUAACCAUGCAGAUUUGGUCUGAGUAAAUUUCAGAAAAGAAUUAGAUAAAUUCGGAUUUUGAUAAAUAACCCCCUUAUAUUUAGGCAAAUUCCUAACCUUCUGAAACCGAUUUGGUUUUAGGGCUGCAUGCUGAAAUCGACCACCCAUAGGAAAGGAAUUGAGUUGGACCCUCAAAACCAUAGAUUCAGUUCUGAGAAAUUGGCACAUUGAUCUGUAUUCAUUAAACGUAUCGUUUAAUUAAA